UAUGGCUUCACCUGUGCUCCUAAAGCCCUGUGGGAAAUCUCCAUGUCGACUUUAAGCAAACCACAGGAGUGUUUCUGUUCAUCUGGGCCCCUGUAGGCUGAAGACAUCAUCCAUCUCCUAUCUGCCGGGGUUGCAUGGUGUGUUAUUAACCAGAAAAUACCUUCCCCCUCUCUCUGCAAUGUCUCAAAGGGACCCUGCAAUGAGGGCAGAAUUGCAAAUUUGUGUCUGCAAUCCAAGAAAUAGCACAAAAAUUCAUGGGUUGAUGAGUUCAGAUUAAAUGGAUGGAAAGGUACUAGGAGAGAGAGGUCCGUUAAACACACUCUUGUAAGAGAUGGAGGAAAAGGCAGAGGAGUUUGAGAGUGUGUUAUGUGGUUUUGAGUACAGCAGUAGCUUCUUUGUGCUUUGUUGGUUUAACUGUAUGUUAAAUGGCAUGUUUGUCCUUUUCUGCAAUUUUGACAGGAUACGGGAACUUGCAGAACCCAAGAAAGCAGCUUGUGCAAAUGACCCCAGGCUUGUUUGGGGAAACCAAGAGACGAUAUGGACCACCUCACGGCGUGCUAUGACAGCUAGACCAUCUGCAAGGAUCCUGGAAUUGGCCAAGCCCAAGCAAGAUUUUGGCAAGAACCUGUGCAGGCCCCUCUACUUGUACAGCUGUGGACGGGAAUCAACAACCUGGGAGCAUCCCUCACUAGUGGAUUUUCGCUUCCCUUCUGAUCGGCUGAUGAAGUUGGCUGAACCUAAACAAUACCAGGCUGCUUACCUGCUGAAAAGACCUCGCACGUCCCCUGAAUGGCCUGUGUCACCAGCAGCACUGAGCUGUAAGACCUCCCCACGGAUUGUGGAGCUUGCCCAGCCAAAAGUGCUGCACCCAGAGUUCCUGCCAGCCAAAAAGGUGCCAACACAGGUUACAAAUGCUGCAGCCUUGGCCAGAACAUCCUCACGGAUACAUCAGCUGGCAGAGCCCUCGGUCAAGAAGGUGACCUGCUGCUAUGAGUAUGGCCCUUUUGAAUCUGCCAUUCGCCCGGUUUCCAAGUUUGCUCAGGAGGCAACUGCUAGCCCUCGGACCCUGGAGCUGGCUAUGCCAAAAAGAUUGCAUCCUGAUUAUAUGCCUAAUCGGGAUGCUGCAUGGUCAGUGACAAAGGCUGCAAAGCAGGCAGUGGCUACACCAAGGCUUGUGGAACUGGCCCAGCCUUGCAAAAGGCUUCCGAUGAACUUGACUCAAUUCAACCCAAAUGCCUUCAUCGUGAAGGAGUCUGCUAAGAAGGCAAUUUGUUCUGCUCGGAUCAAGGAACUGGCUUGUCCGAUUAAGCGCUGAGCUUCCUCAGAAGCACAGCCCUCUGCUCGUGCCAGCUGUCCCCCUUGGAACAUCAGUCUGUUCGGACUGGAAAACCUACUUGAACACAGCAGUACCUACCAGGAACACUUCUUACGAGCUGCUACUUUUACUGGGCUAAUCUGGGGAGUUAAAUAAAACAGUCAUUCCAUAAGCACAAAAAUAGUGAGCAGAGGAAAAAAGCAGGAUUUGACCUAAUGUGGGAAGCCUUUCUCCCUAGGAUGAGUUACGUCUGGAUUUUAUAUCUCUUCUUAUUUUUUAGCUAUAACAGUUAAAGAAGUGAUGAAACAACUGCUGGGGGAAGCCAGCACAGGAACUGUUUUUUCACAUAAGUAAGUGUGGCGAACCACAGCCAACGGCACGCAGCACGUUGAUGCAGUGCAACUCCUGACCUUGGGGUUUUAAAUUUUUUGCUAAAGUUUAGAGAUCUUCUCA